AGAACACAAUAGGGACAUGCAGAAAACUGCUCCACAUCUCCUCUAUGACUAUAUGAGCGCUGUCCACAACAAUACAUACAGCACAAGAGGUGCUCUGUGUAAGAAUUGCUUUUGCUCUUUGACACUGUAGUGCGAAUGCUGCUCUUGAAGUCAAGAAAAGCUUCAUCUGACGUGUCUGAUGAAACUUUCACAUUGGCUACUCAACAUUGUUCUGUACGUCUUUAAUGGUUCGUCGGCUUUCUGGUUGUUGUGUUUUUGAAGGACGUUGAAGAGGAAGCAGAUACCAUUUACCAGCGAGUCAAUGAUCUAGAGGGAGUUGCAUGCAGUCGGCGUAAUGUUUCAUUUCAUGACACACACACUGGCUACAAUUAUAUACUCGAAUUUGCGGGCGCCAGAACCACGUAAUGGACUUACUUAUACACAAUAGGUGUUGCCUAUCAGGAAGAUAGCAGGGCCUAGGAUGGAUCCCUGAGGAGCCCCACAGGAGUUACCAAUUAUAGGAUAUGAAAUGACCCAAAUUGACCAAAAAAAUACCUUUUUAUAAGUUAAACUUAAUAAAUUAAACUUUCUUAAUAGAUGGUGAUUUUGGUAGUGUGACUAGCUUUUGGCUUAAAGAAAAAAAAAAGCGUGAUUAUGAUCUUUUCUGUCUUGAAAAGCAAUUAAAAACAUCAUCACAAUCACAGACAUGCUGAGGGGAGUGAAGGUUAUGACAAAGACAGUAAGAAAAUGUGAGAGGGCGUAACCUGGGGAUGACAGCGUUACUGAUGCCGCUGGGUAAAAAUCAUCACAGGGACACAUACACACAUCUCCUCUCGUGAAUUUACCCCUUUACAUUCUGCUCAUGCUCUCAGCUCAACAUUAAACGUACACGAGAAAAAGGGGGUGGGUGACCGAGACAGAAAGGCACACAAUGAGAAGGGGAGAGGAAGAGGAGGAGGAGGAGGAGGGAGGAGUGCAGGAAAGCAGAGAGAGAAAGGGAGGGAAGGAGAUGCUGUGGGUGAGUGAGUGGAAGCGGUCAUUAAUAAGAAUUUAAAGGAUGUGAAGAGAGGACAGUGAGGAAGAAAAAAGCAGCCAGUGCUCGCAGGACUGAGGCAGGAGAGGGUGAUGGGGAAAGAAAGAGAUGGAUGAGAGAGGAAAAGGGAGUCAGAAAAAGAGAUGAGAGAGUUGGACAGUUGAGAAGCAUCGUCACCAGUCAACUGUGCAUGUACUGAUUCCCAACAACCAGGUGGCUUGCCGGCUGGAGCCACUGAAGAAGAAAAAAAAACGAAAAGGGAAAAAGAAAAAAGAAGAUUGCUCUGUUCUGCUUCCCUGCCGCUGACUGCCGACUGAAGAGUGUGUGUGAGAGCACUCCAGCUGAGCGACACAACACACACAUCACACGCAAAGAUGAACACAUUCAGUUUGCAGAGAGUCGACGGUGCCGGCGAACAUCCUCCGCUACUUUCAGCAGCUGCCAGUUGUUGAGUUGAGGUUCGUAGGCGGAUUCAUGUGGACCAGAGGCAGCACUGGAAGCAGGUGAAGCACUUAUCAGGUAGUGUGUGUUUGUGUCUGCUGCUGCUCGACAUCUGUGCUUGCAGACCAGCCGGCAAGAGUCUCUGAGGACAUUUGAGCGCCAGAGAGAUCGUAAGUGUGUGUUGAAAUCUGGAGAAAGAACAUCAAGAAGAUAAAGGAGGAGACAAUUUACAGAAAAAGCUUCUUUUCUUUUUUUAACUCCCGGAGAAGCAGCCAGCUCUCACACACACGCGACACAACCCAGAAACGAGCACCAGGUACCGGAGCACAAACUUUGUUCCUUGCCCUCUCCUUCGGGAUGCUGAAAUCAAGAACCCCAGGAGCCGGGAGUCAUGAUGUGGAUUAGGGGAUGAGUCCUGAGGGGGAGCCAGGGAGGGAUGAGGUUGUGGAGGGUGAGAGGGCAAGAAUGGGCUGCCCCUGCCCUGUGGCACAUCUGGCUGCCUCUACCGCUGCCUCCCCGUGAGCAUGCAGGUCCUACAGAUCGUCAAGGAGCUGGUGUCGCCAUCCAGACGCAGGGCAGCGGCCAGGUUUGGAGCGUCUGAUACCGAGCAGGAUGCGGCGGUGAAACUUAACCAGGAGCGGGCUGAGAUAGUCGCCAAAUAUGACAAGGGAAAAGAGGCCACCGUGGAGCCCUGGGAGGACACCAACUUCCACCUUUACAAAGUCAUCGACCGCUUUGGCUUUGUCCAUGAGAAUGAACUUCCAUCCUACGACUCAGUGGAGGCGAAGCAAAAACACAUGGAGGUGGAGAGGACCACCAAGUGGCUGAAGAUGAUGAAGAGCUGGGACAAAUACAAGAACAGUGAGAAGCUGGUCAGGAGGAUCUAUAAGGGAAUCCCUCUGCAGCUCCGAGGGGAGGUGUGGUGUCUGCUGCUCGACGUUCCCAAAAUAAAGGAGGAGAAGAAAGACUUCUACGAGAAAUUAAAGGCCAGGGCCAGAGGACUCUCCCCCGACAUCCGCCAGAUUGACUUGGAUGUAAACCGCACCUACAGGGACCACAUCAUGUUCAUGCAUCGAUACGACGUCAAGCAGCAGGCUCUCUUCCACGUCCUCACAGCCUACUCCAUGUACAACACGGAGGUGGGCUACUGCCAGGGCAUGAGUCAGAUCACAGCUCUGCUGCUGAUCUACAUGAAUGAAGAGGACGCCUUCUGGGCUCUGGUCAAACUACUGUCUGGGCAGAAGCAUGCCAUGCAUGGGUUUUUUGUCCCCGGCUUCCCGAAGCUGAUGCGUUUCCAGGAGCACCACGACCGCAUCCUCAAGAAGUUGAUGCCCAAACUGAAGCAACACCUGGAUACCCAAGAGGUGUUUACAAGUCUCUACACCAUGAAGUGGUUCUUCCAGUGCUUCCUCGACAGAACUCCCUUCACACUCACCCUCAGAAUCUGGGACAUCUACAUCUUGGAGGGUGAAAGAUUGCUGCCCGCCAUGUCCUACACCAUCCUCAAACUGCACAAGAAGCACCUGAUGAAGUUGUCCAUGGAAGAUCUGGUGGAGUUUCUGCAGGCGACCUUGUCCAAAGAUUUCUACUUCGAGGACGACUUUGUGAUCGAGCAGCUACAGGCGUCCAUGACGGAGCUCAGGAGGGUGAAGCUGGAUCUGCCCGCACCAGGUAAAGAGGAAGAGUUUCCCAAGAAGCCUCUCGGGCAGCUUCCUCCUGAGCUGGCGGCAGCGGGGGCAAACCACGUGGCCAACGGUCAAAGCCACGCCGAGCCAGCCGAGCCUCCCAGGGACCCGAGUCCUGUACCGGACCGCCAGCGGGACAGUCGGCCCCCCAGCCGGACACGGCGGGACUCGCUUGAGAAACCGAUCCGCCACCACAAGGCUGACAGGAGGGACGGCCGCUCCAGGGGAUCGGGGGAGAUCCCCAAUGAGCCGCAAAGGCAGUCCACCUCCACCACGCCUGAGAGGCGAGAAACGCCGCCCUCAGCCGCCACCCCUACGUCACAGCUCAGCACCGUGGAAAGAAGGAAGCCUCAGAGCCACGCCACCGCCAACCACAACUCCAACGCAGCCUCCAGCUCUCACAGGGACAUCACUCCCCGCUGGUUCAAACCCUCCGAGACAAAGCUGGAAGCAGCCAAAGCGGCGGCGGCCCGAGAGGUCCACCUGAGCCGAGGGCCAUCGCCGGCCCCUUCCAGCCCGGAGGACAGUGCUCUGCCCCACCGCCGGCCCCGCUCCAAGGGCUUUAUCCCCGGCUCCGACCGAGGCUCCAACGCCUCCCAGUACGAUAACGUACCGGGGAUGCCGGAGCAGAAUUUUGAGAUCCUUGAGCUUGAGAGACCUCCGUCCAGAAUGAGGACCCCUCGCAGCGAGACACCCUUCAGUGUAUCAUCCUUCCCUCAGGGCAGCCCCGGCCGCGGACCCAGUCUGGCCGGGAGCGUCGUCUCUGUCUCGUCAGGCCCCAGGAUGGCCAAACACACUCUUCCUCCUCCAUUUUCUCACAACAGUCCAGCAGGAAUCCAGGCCAGCUACCCUGGCAGCCAGAGCCAGUACCACCCCCCACAGCAGCACUCCCCCGGCCGGCCUACAACCGAGGUCCCCAUCUUCCAUCCAGCCUACAGCGUGAGCCUGGACCGCAGAGGGGAGGACAGACUGUAUCCGCCCUCCCGAUUUACCCCACCCUCCACUGUGGCGUACGGGGAGCGAGCGUACGCCACCACGCAGCGGCAGACCAACAACCUUUCCCCAGAGAAAGCUCUCAUGAACAACUCCUACACCACCUACCGCAGGCAGCCGCCACCUAACUCCUCCCAAAACCCCCGUAACGCCAGGCCUCCCCCGGAGCACCCCCUGCAGCUGGAAACCCAGGGGCGCUCCACCCCCAUCUACCUGCAACAGCUCACCUCCACCGCACAGGUCUACGCCCCGAUGGACUACAGGUUUGAGGGCCACCGGAGAGGUGAAGCAAACCUGCACUACCUGCCGGAGGGUGGGCCUCGGCGGCCCGUAGACGGGCUCCAGUGGGCGCCGGAGGACGAGCUGCCCCCUCAAUCCCCAGGUGGGAUGCCCCGCUCGCCCAGCUUCCAGCGAGCCCAAAUGUCUCCAGUUCAGGAGUUCACUUUUCCACCCAACCCGGACAGCCUGCUUCACUACAGGACACAGCUCCAGGAGCAGCAGCAGCCUGUCCUAAGGCAACAGCUCCCCCAGCUGUUUGGAGGACCACACUACAGGCACGCACAGGAGGCGUUUGCCAUGCAGGAGUCCAUGCUGCUGUGACGGGGAAGAAGGAGAACAAUGGCGAGACACUGUAAAAAUAAAACAAACUGAGGUGUAGUCACUGACACUGUGGUAAAGACGAGCAGUUAGUCCUAGCUCUGUUAGGAACCUGGUUUUUGUUUCUGCUCUGAUGUUCUUUAUGUGUGAAGUACUGACCUUCUGACUGUCCCGCUGCAUCGUAACGUUGCAGGACGCACCAGCCUCUGAUGUUUUUACUGAUCACUUUAAAAAAAAAAACGAGAGAAAGAAAAAAACAAACUGACUGAAGAUUUUAUUUUAUUUUUGGAUGUAAAUCAUUAACGAGAGGUGACAGUAUAUAUCUUUUAGAGUCUGAUAUGUACAGUGGAUUUGUUUUUUGUUAAUAUGAGCUGAGUUGUUAUCAGUAGCAAAAACUCUGAUUUAUUUUCCCAUCUUUAUUUUUUUAUAUGUUACUUGCAGAUAUUUACACUUAGAGAUCGAUUUACUCUAUAAAUGCUUGUGAAUGUUAUUUUUCAAAAAGGAGAAGACAUAAUAAGGAUGUCUGAUGAUAAAAUUAGAAGCGCAGUACUGUACGUUUUUUGAUUUUCCAUUUCAAUUUUGAAAGAAAGAGCUGGAUUUGUUGUUUAUUUUCUAGUUUUUAAACUUUCCAGCGAUGAUAUUCCUUCCAGAUUAACUGGUAUGCAGUUAAUUUCUCUUUAAAAAAAACGUGAAGUACAGUGAGUAUUUACACAUAUUUGAGGCCAGUGUUAUCUGUUAAAUCCCAACCCCUAAUUAGAGACUCAAGAAAUAGAGAGCUAAUUUGUGAGGGCUAAUAAUAAUAAUAAUAAUAUAUAUGUUUUUAUUUGUUCUGAUUUGCUAUGUAACCAUUAGGUAACAUGUUUUUUUUUUUAAAUUGCUGUACUGUCGUUACCACAUCUUAAGCACACGCUGCCAGAGAUGUGGGCGUGAACUAGUUUCCGCUUUUACUUCAUUACAUCUUAUUAUUCUCAACACUGUCAUAUCAACUACUGUUCAGCUGUUUGCACUUCCACACACACACACACACACACACACACAUACACAUGUCAACAUUUUAAAAAUCAAUCACAUUCCCUGUUAUUAUUCCUCAUACUCUGGUUUUGAAGCAGUUGCUCUCCAACAGUAUUGCCGUACUGUUUCAUUACAUUCCCUAAGUUAUCUUUGUUUUUUGUUAAACAACUAAUUGCAGACCGUUCUGAUACUUUGCUUAAUAAAACAAGGUGGGGGUGAAAAUUAA